ACAGUUCUGGGGUUUCUGCACAACCUCUACAAGCAGGUAGCCGCUAAAUAUAUUAUUCUCCAGUCUCUUUUACUGAGCACAAUGUGGGUAAAACUGCUCUCUAUAGUAGCAGAAUUUUGUUUUUCCCCUUUCCUAGUUACUGAUGAAGAGACAGCUUCAGAUGCUCUGGAGAGAAACUCUCUAUCCUCUCAAGACCCACAGCAGCCCACCAGUACUGUCUCAGUAACGGAAGAUUCUAGUACAUCGGAGAUUGACAAGGAAGAGAAAGAACAAACCACUCAAGAUCCUGACUUGACCACCGAAGCAAAUCCUCAGUAUUUAGGAUUGGCAAGGAAGAAAAGUGGCAUCCUGCUGCUCACGCUAGUGUCCUUCCUCAUUUUCAUACUCUUCAUCAUAGUCCAGCUCUUCAUCAUGAAGCUGAGGAAAGCACAUGUGAUAUGGAAGAAAGAAAAUGAAGUUUCAGAACACACACUAGAAAGUUACAGAUCAAGGUCAAAUAAUGAAGAAACAUCAUCUCAAGAGAAAAAUGGCCAAUCUUCCCACCCUAUGCGUUGCAUGAACUACAUCACAAAGUUGUACUCAGAAGCAAAAACAAAGAGGAAGGAAAAUGUACAACAUUCAAAAUUAGAAGAAAAGCACAUCCAAGUACCAGAGAGUAUUGUGUAGUGCUCUCUGCAAUGGAACAUGUGAUUUCAGGGUUGCUGCAGUGUCACCUCAGUGGACCAGCCUGGGGGAAGGAGCUUAAUUGCUGAGACAUUAAUAAUGACCUCUUAGUGCAAUGCAAGAUGGUGUCCUUGGAUAAUGAUCUGCCCCGGAGCUAGGGCAGCAACAUGAGGACCAAACCAUGCACAUAAAGCUUGUAGUUUAAAAAAGAAAAGCAAAAAAAUAAUUAUGCCUGACACUACUUCAGAGCAGGAGGAUUCUACGAAGCCUUGGGGAUCAGGGUCAGUGUGAGCAGCUAACAUCCUACCCCAAAUGGAACAGGAUUUUUUGAUGCUUUGCUCUAAUGGAACUGCUUUAAAAAAUUUUUUUUUUCUUUUUAAUAUUUUCUUCUGGUCACAAAAUAAAGAAAUUUAGGAUGCAAAGUACCUAAAGAUCUCUGAUCUUAAGAAGUUACUUCUGGCCGGGCGCGGUGGCUCAUGCCUGUAAUCCUAGCACUUUGGGAGGCUGAGGUAGGCAGAUCACUUGAGGUCAGGAGUUCGAGACCAGCCUGGCCAACAUAGUGAAACCCCCGUCUCUACUAAAAAUGCAAAAAUUAGCCAGGCGUAGUGGUGCGCACCUGUAGUCUCAGAUACUUGGGAGGCUGAGUGUGGAGAAUCGCUUGAACCUGGGAGAUGGAGAUUGCAGUGAGUCAAGAUCUCACCACUGCACUCCAGCCUGGGCGACAGAGGGAGACUCUGUCUCAAAAAAAAAAAAAAAAAAAAAAAAGAA